AGAAAGCUCUACUAAGCCAGGGCAACGUUUUUGUCCUCCCUCAGCCCUGUCUGCCUAGCAUUCCCUCCCGGCUUUUCUUCACUGUUUUUGCAUGGAAAGAGAUCUAGGAUGACACGAAAUGUGAUGACUCAUCUGACAUCAGAUUGAGCCCUUUUUAUUUGCCCUUUUUGUUGGCCUCAGUCUGAUAUUGGGAAGAACCAUGUUAUGUUUGUGAAUGUUUGUAUUUCACAGAAGACACUCAUGGAUUGCAGUGGGACUCUGAUGAUUUAAAGGUCUGAUGCGUGUGGCUGUCUGAUAGCUCUUUGUUUUCCAUAAUCCUUUGAUUAGAAAAAGAAAUCGAAUUGUUUUAAUCAUGCUGACCAGCAAGGGUCAGGGAUGCCUUCACUUUGAUGUGUGUCUCUGCUUGUGUAUAUUCAUACCUUUCUUUAAAGACUGUGCAGGCUGUGCGUCUGAGGAGAGACUCUUUCACAAACUGUUUUCUCAUUAUAACCAAUUCAUCAGGCCUGUGGAAAAUGUUUCCGAUCCCGUCACGGUGCAUUUUGAAGUGGCCAUCACACAGCUGGCCAACGUGGACGAAGUAAACCAGAUCAUGGAAACCAAUUUGUGGCUACGUCACAUCUGGAAUGAUUAUAAAUUGCGCUGGGACCCAAUGGAAUAUGAUGGCAUUGAGACUCUCCGUGUUCCUGCGGAUAAGAUCUGGAAGCCUGACAUUGUUCUCUACAACAAUGCUGUUGGCGACUUCCAAGUCGAAGGCAAAACAAAAGCUCUUCUUAAAUAUGAUGGCAUGAUAACCUGGACUCCACCCGCUAUUUUUAAGAGUUCUUGUCCUAUGGACAUCACUUUUUUCCCUUUUGAUCAUCAAAAUUGUUCCCUGAAAUUUGGUUCCUGGACAUAUGACAAAGCUGAAAUUGAUCUUCUAAUCAUUGGAUCUAAAGUGGAUAUGAAUGAUUUUUGGGAAAACAGUGAAUGGGAAAUUGUUGAUGCUUCUGGCUACAAGCAUGACAUAAAAUACAACUGUUGUGAAGAGAUAUACACAGAUAUCACCUAUUCUUUUUAUAUUAGAAGACUGCCAAUGUUUUACACCAUUAACCUGAUCAUUCCCUGUCUCUUUAUUUCAUUUCUAACCGUGUUGGUCUUUUACCUUCCUUCUGACUGCGGCGAAAAAGUGACGCUUUGCAUUUCAGUUCUGCUUUCUCUGACUGUGUUUUUGCUGGUAAUCACAGAAACCAUCCCAUCCACGUCUCUCGUGAUCCCACUGGUGGGUGAGUACCUACUGUUCACCAUGAUCUUUGUCACCCUGUCCAUCGCGGUGACUGUGUUUGUGUUGAACAUACACUAUCGCACCCCAACAACACACACCAUGCCCAAGUGGGUGAAGAUGGUUUUCCUCCAGCUGUUACCCCAGAUCCUGAUGAUGAGAAGGCCUCUGGACAAGACGAGGAAGACAAGUUAUGAUAAAAACCCCAAAGGCAUUUCCAGUUGUCCUGCCAAAGUCAUGUUUGGUAAUCGCAGAGAGCCCAAACUUCUUCAAGAAUGCUACUACUGUCGUAAAUCAUGUCACCUUGCCACCAGCAAGAGAAGAUUAAGUCAUCAGCCUUUACAGUGGAUGACAGAAAAUUCAGAGCAUUCGCCUGAAGUUGAAGAUGUGAUUAAUAGUGUUCAAUUCAUAGCAGAAAACAUGAAGAACCAAAACGAAACAAAGGAGGUUGAAGACGACUGGAAGUAUGCAGCUAUGGUGGUGGACAGAGUAUUUCUUUGGAUAUUUAUAACCGUCUGUGUGUUUGGAACUGCAGGGCUAUUUCUACAGCCACUACUUGGAAACACAGGAAAAUCUUAAGGAUUUUAUCUUCUGAAAUGUACAGACACUGUAUUUGUUCCGUGUUUCCUACAGCAAGGAAAGGGACAUAAAGCUUCCCAUCUAAGUCUCUCAUCUAUGGAAGCUGAUGACCUGAUGGAAAGAGAGGACUUUACUGCACAUGAGGAGCCUGAACGCCUCCUUUAUAGCACAAAAGUGCUUUCAGAUGUGCUCUCACACUGGAGCCCAGAACUGGCAGCACCCACAGGCUUGUCUUGUCUGUACAUGUUCAGCUUCCAGGGGCGUGAUGAGCCAUAAUACAGCAAACCAUGUAAUCAACAUCAAGCCACACUAAAAAGGGGUUCUGUUGUCCCUCCUGUUUAUGCUGCUGAUCAGCACCAUGACACAUGCCAGACAUGAAGCUCUGACACAUGGACCUUGCUGACAUUUGCAGUGCUGGUGAACUCCUGUAGGCUUGCCUUCUUCUGCAUGUCUCUGUGAUGUAGCUCACACACCAGCAUUAUUUGAUACUUUAAUUGGUGAAAAGUAAUAGCAGACCGUCAGAGCCCAUCUCAGCAGGCUGUUUGCAGUUAGCACUCAUCGGGCAAGAAACCUGAGGGGUAACCCGGCACUGUGCUAGGCAUUGCACAGGUAACAGAAAUAUGUUCUGUCCCCAAGCACUUGCCGCUUUUUAGAAAAGUCAUAAAUACAAAGAUCUCCAGGAACAGAUAUCUUGUGGGGAAUGUGACUAGAGCAAUCAAAGUUGGAGAACAUGGUGUGGUGUGGCCAGGCAAACUGAAGCAACCUGUUGUCUUUUCUUGUCAGCAGUUUCCAUUUGCUCUUUGUAGCUGAAACUGAAAAUAAAAUUAUUUCUUCUCUAAGAAACUGAUCUUGUACUGUUUAGCGCAAUUCCUUUUCUGAGA